CGGUACUAAGUCGCAUUCAGAGGAACACCAGCAGCAAAACCAUGGAGGAAACCGCAAAAAAGGAGAAAAAGCAGGCCGAGACCAAGGAGGAGAAGGACAAACAACCGGCGGGGAAGGAUAAAGAUAAGAAAGAGGAGCAGGAGCUGUCAGAGGAAGACAAACAGCUUCAGGAGGAGUUGGAGAUGCUUGUGGAAAGACUGGGCGAGAAGGACACGUCUCUGUAUCGUCCCGCUCUGGAGGAACUGCGGCGUCAGAUUCGCUCCUCCACAACUUCUAUGACGUCUGUGCCGAAACCGCUCAAGUUCCUGCGACCACAUUACGCCAAACUCAAAGACAUCUACCAGAACAUGACGGCAGGAGAGAACAAGCAUUUCUGUGCUGAUGUGGUGUCCGUUCUGGCCAUGACGAUGAGCAAUGAGCGAGAGUGUCUGAAGUAUCGUCUGCUGGGCUCACAGGAGGAGCUGGCAUCCUGGGGACAUGAAUAUGUCAGGCAUCUUGCAGGAGAAGUGGCUAAAGAAUGGCAGGAGAUCGAGGAAGGGGAUAAAGCUCAACAGGAAGUCCUUCUGAAGCUUGUCAAAGAGAUCGUCCCGUAUAACAUGGCCCAUAAUGCCGAGCACGAGGCCUGUGACCUCCUGAUGGAGAUUGAACGACUUGACAUGCUGGACUCGUACAUUGACGAAAACGCCUACGCUAAAGUCUGCCUUUACCUGACCAGCUGUGUGAGUUAUGUCCCUGAACCGGAGAACUCCGCGCUGCUGAAAUGUGCGCUCAACAUCUUCCGCAAGUUCAACCGUUACCCAGAAGCCCUCAGACUGGCGCUCAUGCUGAACGAUGUGGAGCUGGUGGAGAACAUCUUCACUUCCUGCAAAGACAUUGUGAUCCAGAAGCAGAUGGCGUUCAUGUUGGGUCGCCAUGGCAUGUUCCUGGAGCUCAAUGAAGACGUGGAGGAUUAUGAGGAUCUGACAGAGAUCAUGUCCAACGUGCAGCUCAACAGCAACUUCCUGGCCCUCGCUAGAGAGGUACACA